AUGGCCUCCGGACUAUUCGAUGAGCACGAGACCGAAGCCGCCGCCGCCGACGCUCCAGCCGCUGGACGCAGGACGAAACUCUAUCCGUGGGACAGUGUCGCAUCCCAACUUUUCGAGCCCUACGGCGAGUGCCCCAUCAACGGCAUGAGCCUCAAGGACGUGUGGAACGGUGCUGCAGCCGGAAACAAGAAGGCUGCGUAUCACAGCCAUCUGUGCGCAGAUCAAGAAGCCGAUCCGUGGCACGUGGGUGCCGGCAUCUCCCUCACCGCGGCGGCUCUGUCAGCAGCCAUAGAACACUUCAAGAAGCCCGAGAUGAAGAAGCUGAUCGUGCCAGAGUACUACAACAAGGCCGAGGAAGAGAUUAAAGAGUUGGAGCCUCUGCUCGCCCUCUUGAAUCUCGGCAAGGGCUCGCAAUCUCAAAGGGACACAGGCACCUUUCGAUCGGCCAAGCGCCACAAAGCCACGGCGACUGCCUCUGCCACGACCGGGUCGCAAGCUGAGAUCCUUGAUGCAGCCAGCAAGUUCUACAAGUGGUUGACACGUCCCAAGAGCGCCUUUCGAUCCAUGCUGUUCCUCCUCUCGGGUGCCAACACGUUCUUCUCUGGACAUUGCGCGGACGUGGUCGCCCGUGCCGGAAUCGAGAACAAGCCCAUCACGGAAGAGCAGUUUGUGGCCGCCAUGAAAGCACGCAGCCAGAAGAUGCCGGUCCCAGCAGGAGCUGGCCCCAAAGGCUCUGACGCCACGGGACUGUUUGACAGUUAG